UUAUUUCUGGUGGAAUUCAAAGCAUGUCGCACAGAUGUGUUUUAUGUGCCUGAAGGAUCGGGUAUGGAUGUUCAUGUGGGUGAUCUCGUCCUGGUCGAAGCAGACCGUGGCCGUGACCUCGGUAAAGUGACGCACGAGUCAGUCACCCUUGCUCAAGUGCGUCAACUCAAACAACAACAAGCGCGAGAACAAGCAUUGGCGCUAGGCGGUGGUCUUGCCAUGUUACAACCGAAACUCAUCUAUCGUCUCGCACACGCUGCCGAAGCGGCGCAAUUGUUGGUUAAGUCGCAGGAUGAACAACAAGCCAUGCUUGUGUGUCAAGCUAAGGUCCGUCAACGAAAGCUACCCAUGGAAGUUCUGGAUGGCGAGUAUCAGUGGGAUCGUCGGAAGUUGACGUUUUACUACAUUGCCUCGCAGCGCAUCGACUUUAGGGAUCUGGUGCGUGACUUGUUCAAGAUUUACAAGACGCGCAUUUGGAUGUGUGCAGUGAAUCCA